UGACCGACCAAAAUAUCAAUAGGAAAGGCUCACGAAUGUCAGGAAAUGUCUGAUCACUGUUACCAGGAACCCACGCGUGUUCGCUACAAAGUUCUAAGUCAUGUGGCCCACGAUGCGCCUGGAAACAAUAUUAUCUGAUAUGUGCCAAGACGUCACCGACCUUACUACUGCACAGCUAGAAAUGCUUCCUUGUACUUUGUAAUACGGAUCGGGGAUUUCAGUAUUUCGAGCAUUAACUUUUUUUUUUUAUUUUACAUACGGAGAUUUGCCCCCCCACUCCCAGGCAUAAUGCAGUACAGACUACUGAUUCUUUAAUUGAGGAGCCCUCCUCUACAGCAACCAUUCCCUAGCACACAACUCCCUGCUUCUCAAAAAAAUGGAGGCAAAGAAAGAAUCUGGAAGAAGAUUGCGCUCCAUCGGACGGACGAGAUACGCAGAGAAUGAAGACAUGUCUGACAUGGAGGAAAUGGUCAGCGUCAGGAGCUUCAGUCUGGAGCAGAAGGUCAGCAGCCACUCCUACCGAGGAGACUUCGUGCAGUUCAUGGAGGGCAAAGAUUUUACCUAUGAAUAUGUGCAAAGGGAAGCUCUGCGGGUUCCUCUACUUUUUCGCACUAAAGAAGGUCUGGGUAUCAAAAUGCCAGAGCAAGAUUUCACUGUUAGGGAUGUCAAGUUGCUAGUAGGAAGCCGUCGUAUCAUUGAUGUGAUGGAUGUGAACACACAGAAGGGCAUUGACAUGAGUAUGUCUCAGUUUGUCAGAUACUACGAAACUCCAGAGAACGAAAGGGAAAAACUUUACAACGUGAUCAGCCUGGAGUUCAGCCACACGAAGCUAGAGAAAGUGGUCAAGAGACCUACUGUGGUGGAUGCAGUAGAUUGGGUGGAUAACAUGUGGCCUCAACAUUUAAAGCAGAAGCAAAAAGAUUCAACAAACAUAAUAUCUGAAAUGAAAUACCCUAAAGUAAAAAAAUACUGUUUGAUGAGUGUUAAGGGAUGCUUCACAGACUUCCAUGUUGAUUUUGGAGGGACCUCAGUUUGGUAUCACAUAUUUCGUGGCGGAAAGGUAUUUUGGUUGAUUCCUCCCACUGUGUACAAUUUGCAACUUUAUGAGGAAUGGCUGACCUCAGGGAAACAAACUGAUAUAUUUUUAGGAGACCAAGCACAAGGAUGCCAGAAGAUUGAGCUGAAGCAAGGUUACACAUUCUUCAUCCCGUCGGGAUGGAUCCAUGCAGUGUACACUCCAGCAGACUCCCUGGUAUUUGGUGGCAACAUAUUACACAGCUUUAAUAUUCCCAUGCAACUUCAUGUUUAUGAGAUUGAAGACAGAACGAGGGUACAAGCCAAGUUUCGUUAUCCUUUCUAUUAUGAGAUGUGCUGGUAUGUCUUGGAGAGAUACGUGUGCACUUUGACCAAAAGGUCCCACCUAAUUAAAGAGUAUCAGAGAGAGUCAAUGCUAUUUGAUGUAACGAGAAAGACCAGUAUAGACAGCUUCUCAUCUGAUUCCUGGUUAGAAAUGGAGGAAGAAUCAUGUGAUGCACACACACGGGAGGAUAAAGAUGAUACUAUGGAAAAAGCCUCCAAACUUUCAGGUGAUGGAGACUCAACACCUACCAGCACGCAUUCCGAUGGAAAGGAGAUGGCAGACAAGAUGCAAAAAGCCACCUUGAUUCAGUACCUAAAGAGGACUUUAUCUAAUGACUCUGAUGAAAGCGGAAAGUCCAUUGCCCAGAGUGACUUUCCAAAAACUCCAACAGGAUCUCCAGCUACUGAGGCACCAGCAAAGUGGACGCACCUUACGGAAUUUGAACUGAAGGGUUUGAAAGCCCUGGUGGAGAAACUAGAGUCUCUCCCGGACAAUAAGAAAUGUGUCCCUGAAGGAAUUGAGGAUCCACAUGCACUCCUGGAGGACAUGAAGACAGUACUUAAGGAACAUGUUGAUGAUGACCAAACUCUGGCCAUUUCUGGGAUACCGGUGGUGUCAUGGCCCAAGAAACCCAUUAAGAACAAGGCAGUGGGAAGACCCAAAGGAAAGCUUGCGACAUCGCCCGCCGUGAAACUGUCUGCUAACCGCACCAGUGCUGGAGCACGCCGGAGGCGGACGCGAUGCCGGAAAUGUGAGGCGUGUUUGCGCACAGAGUGUGGGGAAUGUCACUUUUGCAAAGAUAUGAAGAAAUUUGGGGGUCCAGGGAGGAUGAAGCAGUCCUGUAUCAUGAGGCAGUGCAUUGCUCCGGUACUGCCUCAUACAGCUGUUUGCUUGGUGUGCGGAGAAGCUGGGAAGGAGGAUUGUGUAGAUGGACAAGAGGCGAAGUUUAAUGUCAUGUUGAUGGAGUGCUCCAUAUGUAAUGAAAUAAUCCAUCCUGGAUGCCUUAAAAUAAAGGAAUCUGAUGGUGUGGUGAAUGAUGAACUUCCAAACUGCUGGGAGUGUCCGAAGUGCAACCAUGCUGGAAAAACUGGGAAAGCCUACAAGCAAAAAAGAGGCCCGGGAUUUAAGUAUGCUUCAAACCUGCCUGGGUCACUCCUUAAGGAACAAAAGAUUAACCGAGAUAAUAAGGAAGUAACGGACACUGCAAAGAGGAAAGUAGAACGUGAAGAGACCCCCAGGCAGAACACAGAGGAGCAGUCAAAAAAGAAACCUAUAGAGAGCAUUGUGAAAAAGAAGCCUGAGGAAGGCCAGUUUAGGAAGAAACGGCCAUUCGAGAAGCCCCCAGAGCCGACAGUCAGAAAACGAUUAAAACUUGGAAAAGAAGAGAAGCUCUUAAGGAAAAAGAGGAGAACAUGGAAAACACCAGAAGAACGAGCACUAAUGGCCAAAACCUUAAAACGCAUAAAGCAGGAGCCAGAAGAUGAUUUGCCGGAGUCGGCCCCUAGAGCCAAGGAAAGUGACCAGUCGAGGUCCAGUUCGCCCACUGCUGGCCCCAGCACGGAAGCUUCAGAUUCCAAGGAGAUAAAGAAAAUUCGUAGGAAAAAGAGAGUACCCAAUAAAGAACUGAGCAAGGAGUUGAGCAAGGAGUUAAAUCAAGAGAUACAGAAAACUGAGAGCAGUCUGGCCAACGAGAACCAUCACCCGAUCAAAUCUGAGCCUGAGAGCGAGGAAGAUGAGCCUAGAUGUAUAAACAGCGGGGACAGGAUGCACAGAUUUAGCAAAGGCUACCCCAACGGCACCCCAAAAGAAUUCAAACACCAGCCUUUUCCCAGCCCACGGAGCACACCAAGGGUUGUUACGCGACCACCGCCUUCCUUGUCCCCCUCUAAAUGUGUGCAGAUGGAGAGGCACGUGAUUCGGCCGCCCCCCAUCAGCCCACCCCCUGAUUCUCUGAUGCUGGAGAAUGGGACAGCGCACGUAAUGCAGAGGGAGGUUUGGAUGGCAAUCUUUAGCUACCUCAGCCAUAGGGACUUGUGCAUCUGUAUGAGGGUCUGCAAAACAUGGAACAGAUGGUGCUGCGACAAAAGGCUAUGGACACAAAUUGACUUAAACCGAUGCAAAUCCAUCACUCCACUAAUGCUCAGCGGAAUAAUCAGAAGGCAGCCGGUGUCGCUUGAUCUGAGCUGGACUAACAUAUCCAAAAAGCAGCUCAGCUGGCUCAUAAACCGGCUCCCAGCCCUCCGUAAUCUCAAUGUGUCCGGGUGCUCUUGGAUUGCCAUUUCAGCCCUUUGUAGCUCCAGCUGCCCGUUGCUGAGGUCUCUCAACGUCCAGUGGGUGGAAGGGCUCAAAGAUGCACAGAUGAGGGACCUCUUGUCUCCCCCAACAGAUAACAGGCCAGGUCAGAUCGAUAACCGUAGCAAGUUGCGGAACAUCGUAGACCUCCGUCUGGCAGGACUUGAUAUUACUGACGCCUCUCUACGCCUCAUGAUUCGACACAUGCCUCUUCUUUCCAAGCUAGACUUGAGUUAUUGUAACCAUGUUACCGAUCAGUCCAUCAACCUCCUCACAGCCGUGGGGACCUCCACCAGGGAUUCUUUAUCAGAGAUUAAUUUAUCAGACUGCAAUAAUGUUACAGACCAGUGCCUGACGUACUUUAAACGCUGUGCAAACAUCUGUCUGAUUGACCUCAGAUUCUGUAAACAGGUUACCAAGGAAAGCUGUGAACAGUUCAUAGCAGAAAUGUCAGUCAUUGUACAAUUUGGACAGACAGAAGAAAAACUUCUUCAGAAGAUCAGCGAAUUUCAGGAUGGAGUGUAAAUAGUUUUGUUUAAAGAUGCAUCUGAAAGACAGCACUGGCCUUAUAAGUAAUAAUAAGGGGUGUGUGAUGCCCACCAGCCUCUGGAUUGAGUUCCUUCAGUGGUUUCUCCAGCACCUCAAACACCAGCUGUCGAAGGUUGACGCUGGAACUAGAGUUUACCUUCCAAGGACAAUUAUUUAAGCUCCAAGGGCAUGCGCCUGUUAAUGUUUUGUUUUUAUUGGCUCUUAAACUGUUGCAUUUUUAAUGUCUCUGAGAAGUUGGCCAUCCAAUGCAUUAAAGCCUUCCAAAAUCUCACAAGAAGAAUUUGUCAUACAUUAUGCAGAAAUAUUUUUGUAUAAAACCUAUUUAAAGAGUUAUAUUUGCAGUGUUUGGGAGCAUACAUGUGUUUGUUGGUUGGUUUUGACUGCUCUUCUUUCCAUGUACAGUGAGAUAUCUAAACAGCAAGUUCAAGAAAAAAAAUCAUAGGUGUGACCACUUAAAGCAUGUUUCAACCUGCUUUCUUCAUGUGACAUGCAUGCAGAGAUGUUCAUAUCAGACAUGUUAUGGCAUCAUAGCACAACCAACCUUUUCACAUCACUGCUACAUCAUAAACCAGUGUAUAAUAAUCUGUGCUCAGGCUUUUUUUCUCUGCUGUGCCAUCACAGCUUAUAACAGUGCAGGGUCUGAUUGUAAGUUACCUACCUUUUGAAAAAGUGCCAGUUUUGGGUUUUUAUUUCUUUUUCCAAUAUUUAAACCCUGCUUCUCUGUUUGGCAGAUGAAAAGGUUUUGCAAUUAUUCCAUUAAAGCCUGAUCAGUUACAAAGAAUAAUUCAUUUCUUAGCUGGGUAUCUUCAGCCACCGCCGGUUCACCUCCUUUUGUACAAUAGAUGCCCCUUGCACUGGAAAAUUAAGAAUGGGGUUAUUCAGAUGUGAGCAUAGAGAAGUGAAUGCAUAGCCAAGUCUUUCCACUCUUGCUCAGUGGAGUCAGAUGUAUACUUUUUUAUGUAAGUAAUGUUGUUGGAAUUAAGUGUAUCAUGUUUAUUUAUGAACACAUUAAAAAAAAAAAGUUUUACUAGA